AUGGCAGUCAAACGGCCGCAUGAGGGAGACGCAAAGUCUUCCGUGAAAAAGCAGAAGCAGAAGGGUCGCUUCGACAUCGGUCCCGCAAACUUACCCGAUGGCACCCAUAGACGGAAGAUCGAAAAGAUCAAGAAAGGCCUUAUCACCAAGGCAAAGCUGAAGAAGCAGUAUGCAAAGCUCAAAGCCCGCGAAGAAAACGAAGAGACGACACCGCGCAAGUCUGUCUACGACCGCGAAUCUGCCAACGACGACGAAGACGACGAUGAGGAGCCUACCGAACCCGUCCAAGAGCCCACCUUGGAGCCACACCCCGAUCGCGUAGCGAUGCUGGAAGAGAAGUCGCCCGAACCGGAAUCCACACAGACUUGGGAGAGGCGACAGCGACGAGCUCGACCACAGCCAUUCUUGAAAGAGACAGAAGUGGCGCGAAAGAAGAGGGAGGAAAUAGAGGCGCGGCAAAAAGCCAGAGAGGAGGCGGACAAGGAGCGCGCAAAAAAGAUUGCUGAGCGUGAGCGCUUCAGGAAGACCAUGGCCAAAGCUAGGGGACCCAAUGGCCAGAGGAAGCUCGGACGAGGGAGCACAGUUCUGCUUGCGAAAGCGCAGAGACUCAUGGGCAAGACCUGA